CUAUUUUUUUCCCUUCGUUCUUCCAUUUUCCGCACGAGCACAGUGGAGCGGCGCAGGCACGUCUGCAGGAAGAGCCGAGACGCUCAGUCGGGCCACGACUCUUUCCAAACGAGGCGAGCGGUUAAGAAAAGCUUCGUUCGUUAUAAGCGAUGCCUCCGAAAACGGUGAAAUCCACUUUAUUAGAUGCGUUUGAAGAGCUGGACGACAGCCAGAUGCUGAAGUUUUGCGACAGGCUGCUGGACCGCCAAGAUGAACCGCGCGUAAAACGAAGCGCCAUCCAGAAUUCAGACCGGAUAACGGUGACGAACGCCAUGGUGUCCGUGUUCACCGAGCGACGCGCGGUUCGGGUGGCCGUGGAGGUUCUGAGAGACUGCAGUUACAACGAACUCGCGGACUGUCUUGACAGGGGCCUGACACCUGCAGGACUUUCAGCUGGAGCACCUGUUGCAGAGUCAAUGGCUGACGACAGGCAUUUUGUAGAUAAACACCAGCCUGCUCUCAUCCAAAGAGUGAGCAUGGUCGCACCCAUCAUGGAUCAGCUCCUCAACAAGAAGGUUAUCAAUCAAGAAGGCUACGAUACCGUCAUGUUAAAUCACGCCACCCCUCAGGCCAGGAUGAGGGAGCUGUUCUCCAGAGCCCUCACGUCCAGCGGAACCAAGGGCAAAGAUGUCUUUCUUCAAAUCCUUGAAGAAAAUGAGCCAUAUCUAGUCAAUGAUCUACUGGGAAAAUGAGAUCUUUUAUUUCUAUUUCAGACCAAAUACAAAGUAGGUGUUGGUUGUGACCCAGAAGAUUAUUGUAAGUUUUGCAUUUUAUACAAAAUUCCUGUUUUGACCCUUGACACAAUAUUUUUCCUCCCUAUUGUUGAAUGUCAGUGGAAAUGCAAUGCUGUUAUACUGUUCAGUGUUUCCCCUAGAAUUCUUUUCAGGCCUGGUUGGUGUGAACCAAAGCCCACCUCAGCAGGCCUUGCACACUGGAUGGCAUAAUGCUGCUGUCUGUUUCCAUCAGAUGUAGGGCAGUAAUACUUUAUCUUCCCGUUUUGAUUGCAUUUCAAAGAAAUUGCAGAGGUCUCAUAAGUCUGGAAAUACAUCUCAUCCAACCUCAAAAAUUGUCAAGAAACUAGUUGGCCUCGUGGUGGGUUAUGUUAGACCAGCGGUGCACUGGGCCUGUACAGUCGUAGGGGAAACACUGUUGUUGAUAAAUUCUGUACAUAAAUGCAGAAUUCAUCACCAUUAUCCCAGCUGAAAUAAUGUGACAUUUUUGAAUAACAAAUGUUAUGUUGUGUGUCGGCCCUGUGAUGGCCUGGCGGCCUGCCCAGGGUGUUCCCUGUUUUUGUGAUCAUUACUAUUUUAAAUAGAUCUUUCAAUUUCAAUAUGCAUGAGGUCUAAUUCUUUAGCGUUGCACUCUGCUCAGCACAAUCUGUGGUACGUUAAUGAUGUUUGUUGUGAUUACUUUACCAGCCCAAGUUAAACCUGUCAUUAAAGUUUAAUUUGAUUUAAAUUGAAAAUCUUCAUUUUGGAUAUCAAUCUACCCACAUGUCAGUCUUGUUUACCCAUUUUAUACCUGUUCACCUAUGCAAUGCAUGGAAUAUUGACAGAUGGAGCACUACAUAUAAUAGGAUUUGUAAAAAUAUUUUUGCCAUUUAUCUGAAAUUUCGGGAGGUGACCACAAUAAAUCUCAGCUAUGCCUACGUUUUUCUGU